AUGUCGCGCCGGCCAAUCUUUGUGAAUUCCUCGGCAGCUGGCCAGCACCGGGACCCCGUUUGCAUCAACGGUCUUGAGCAAUUCCAUCAAUCACUUCCCGGCUAUGCUCCAACUCCACUGGUACCGCUCCCUGACCUCGCAACUGAGCUGGGUGUCCGCGCUGUGUUCGUGAAGGACGAAAGCGAUCGAUUCGGUCUACCGUCUUUCAAAGUCCUCGGGGCAUCCUGGGGAUGUUAUCGUGCUAUUGCAGCGUAUCUCGGUCUUCCUUCCACCGUGCGCUUGGAUGAACUCUCUGCAAAAGCACAGGAAAAAUCAACCACUCUGGUAGCGGCGACAGAAGGAAAUCAUGGACGAGCAGUUGCGUUCAUGGCCCGACUUUUGGGCAUCAAGGCCCUAAUAUUCGUUCCUCAGAAUAUGGAUGACACUACACGCAAUCUUAUUGCGAGAGAGGGUGCCAAUGUGAUCGUUGUCCCCGGCGAUUACGACGAAGCUGUGAAGCAGGGUGCGGAAGCAUCGAAACAAGUGGCCGAGGCGCUCUUGAUCCAAGACACGGCUUUUGAGGGAUACGAAGACAUUCCCGCCUGGAUUGUGGAAGGGUAUUCGACGAUGAUGACCGAGAUCGAAGCCCAACUGGCGCAACUUGACCUUGCCGGGAGCGUUAUGGUUACUCCAGUGGGGGUUGGGAGUCUUGCACACGCCGUUGCGAGACACUGCAAAUCCAGAGAAAACCCUAUGGCAGUUAUCGCCGUCGAGCCCGAUUGUGCUGCGUGCUUGUCAUCUAGUCUAAGUGCUGGGCAAUCAGUCGCAGUGCAGACAGGGGCAACUAUUAUGGAUGGAAUGAAUUGUGGCACGUUGUCAGCCACGGCAUGGCCUGAUUUGCAGCAGCUGCUUGAUGCUUGUGUGACGGUUUCAUGCUACGAGACGCAUCGUGCAGUACAGUAUCUUGCCUCGAAGUCUAUUACAGCAGGGCCUUGCGGAGGAGCAUCGUUAGCAGCACUACGUCACUUGGCUACAUCGAAAGACGCUCCAUCUAUUCUGAGCAAAGACUCGGUUGUUGUUCUUCUCUGCACGGAAGGCACACGAGACUAUGAGAUCCCUUGGGAUGUGUCUCUUGAUGACGCUGUUUCUUUGACUGAAGUGCUCACCCACAUUGAUUCAUCGAAUCCAACAUUAUCUGUAGCUGAUGGGGCUGGAGAAACCCAGAUCGUGAACUAUCUGGCCUCGUGGUUCGCGCAUCGAGACAUCGAGUAUCACAAGAUCGAUUACGGCAAGAAUCCUCUAUCCGGAUCGAUUGGGAUGAAAGAUGACAAGGAGGUUGUCUUCGGCCGAGGUAGCCUGGACAUGAAGAGUGGACUUGCGGCAGCGCUGGCAGUCAUGUCGGCAAUCAAAGCCAGCGGCCAUGUGCCUCGAGGCGAUGUAAUUGUGGCUGCUGUCGCGGAUGAGGAAGAUGCAUCUCAGGGAACCCAAGAUGUGCUGGCUGCUGGCUGGCGUGCUGAUGCUGCGAUCGUUGUUGAGCCGACCAUGGACAUCAUUGCAACUGCCCACAAAGGUUUCUUGUGGGUGGAAGUCGAUAUUUUGGGAGUUGCUGCACAUGGAUCAAAGCCCGAUGAGGGUGAAGACGCCAUUCUCCACUCAGGUUGGUUCCUUCGUGCGCUGGAGCAAUAUCAACGCCACUUGCCUGUAGAUGAUACUCUGGGACAGGCAUCUCUACACUGUGGUUUGAUUCGGGGUGGUGAAGAGCCAUCCUCUUAUCCUGGAAAAUGCACCACCACUGUCGAGUUCCGCACUAUACCAUGUCAAACGGAGGAGUCGGUCCUGGGAGACGUGAAUGUAUUGUUGCGUGACAUUUCCAAAGAGCAUCCUCGGUUCCGAUACGCAGAGCCUCGAAUCAAGCUGUCUCGUCCAACGCAGAAACUGGCGACGAACCAUCCUCUCGUCGAGAAAACAGCCGCCUGUGCAUCUACCAUUUUGGGAACUAAGCCCACCAUUCAAAGUGUGUCGUUCUGGUGUGAUGCAGCCUUGCUCAGCCAGGCAGGAAUUCCGUCAAUUGUAUAUGGACCUACAGGGGCAGGAUUGCAUAGUAAGGAGGAAUGGGUCGAAGUUGAUAGUCUGCGGCAGAUGGAGAGGGUGUACUUGGAAUUAGUGCGACAGUUUUGCUAUUGA